UCGCGGUGGCGCGCUUGAGUCGCGAGUACCGAGUCGCGGGUGACGCCGUCGCCAUGUUUGUUAUAGUUUCGGAGGGAUGAAAAGCGUACUCGACGGCGUCGUCGGGCAGAUUUGAAUGAAACGCGUGUGUGAGCCGUGCCGCGUGCGUCCGUUUGUGCCGGCGUGCGAGCGUCUCGGCCGGCGACCCGCAAGCAUGCCAAGCAGCCGCGAGUGCCGUUAACGCGCGGCGUCCGGCCAGCCCGCCGCGGCCGGCGGCCGAUUUUCGCGCGGAUUUUCAGCUGUCACGGUCGAGGUGCCGUCUCGCCGCAGCCGCAGCCGCAGCUGCCACCGCCGCCUCCGCUGCCGUCUUCGCUGCGUUGCGCCGCGAGCGAGCAUCGCGCCGCUUCGGCCGCCUGCGAGUGUCUCUCUCUCUCUCCUCGCGUGCUCUCCCUCUCUCUGUCUGUCUCUCGAUCGGAAGGACAUUGAAUUCUAUUGAAAUGUGGCUAAGAAGCGAACGAAUAAGUAGAAGACUGCGCGGUCGUUUGUGUCUAAGUGGUGUGUCAGCCUCCAAGGGAACCAGCCACCGAGCGCAACUUGCCACAGCGCGGAAACUACCAAGCAUCAAUAACAGCAGCCGAGUUAUAGCGUCGAGUAGAUGCGGCAGACUGACUCAGUGGCGACGCAGGUCGUCGAAUUUCCUCAAAGAAGCCUGUAAAGAGAAUGUUUUACAUUUUGCCAAAUCCACGCCUAUUAGACGAGAGAGAGGACCUCGUAGAAGAAAAUGCAUAAAACGGUCCAUGGUCACGUCGACUCCGCUGCACCGCGCUCCUCCGAUAGACGCAGUCAUUUCCACGAGGACUGCCACGCCGUCUAAAGUCUCGGAGGAGUCUAAGGAGAACUGGAACGGGAGCAGCUCCACCACUAGCACCAGCACGAGCACCAGCACUAGCACCACCAGCACCAGCAGCAGCAACAAUACCGCUGCCGCCGCGACCGCCGCCGCCGCCGCUGCUGCCGCCACCGCUGCCGCCGCCGCCGCUGCCGCCGCCACCGCUGCAGCCGCCGCUGCUGCUGCCGCUGCCGCCGCCGCCUUGCCUCUGUGCCCGUCGGCGACGAGCACGGAGUCGCGUUGUCCGAUGAUACCACCGACGCAUGAGCCCAAGUCCUCCACGCCGAGCGUGUCCCCGCUGACCUAUCUGAUGCCUCCCGUGUCCUUAGGCUCGCAUUCGGAUCUCACGUGUUUGUUGGACGACGAGGGAAGCAGGAGCAACGAUACUCUACCGUCGUCGAUCUACUACUCCACGCUGUAUGCGCAUGCCGACACGUCCGUCGAAUAUUACAGCUUGAUGCACUCGACGUCGGCGUACAGCGGCCGUAACGCGUACCCGUCGCCCGACAACAGCAAGUACUUCCCGAGCGGGAAGUACUCCCUAGCGAGUAACAAUGAAAACCGCGGUGAUCUCGCAAAAGAUCAAUAUGCUAUUGAAACAGACCCAACAAAAUAUGAGGCAACUGCUGGAUAUCCCAGCAGUGCAAAGUAUAGUAUACCAGCAAGUAUGUACAAUAUAAAUCCUCAUCAUCCAUCCGAUACAAACGGCAAUCUUAGUGACAAAUAUGAUUCCGAGGAUGUCGAGAGUCGUUUUCACGAGGUUGAGUACAUGGAGGUGGGUAGCGAAGAGAUAGUAGAGUCUUGCGAUGUAGAGAACAUGGUUACUCAAGUUCAAGAGGACUGGGAACCGUUCGAUCCUUACGUCUUUAUCAAGCACUUGCCGCCGCUCACGCCGGCGAUGAGGGCCAGAUGUCCCGCGCUGCCUCUCAAAACGAGGAGCAGUCCGGAGUUCAGUUUGGUCUUGGAUCUGGAUGAGACGUUGGUACAUUGCAGCCUACAGGAGUUGUCGGACGCGGCGUUCCGCUUCCCGGUGGUCUUUCAGGACGUUACGUACACGGUGUUUGUGAGGACGCGGCCGUACUUCCGCGAGUUCCUCGAACACGUAUCCUCGUUGUACGAGGUGAUCUUAUUCACGGCGAGCAAACGGGUGUACGCCAACAAGCUGAUGAACCUGCUGGAUCCGACGCGAAAGCUGAUCAAGUACCGGCUGUUCCGCGAACACUGCGUCUGCGUGAAUGGCAAUUACAUCAAGGACCUGUCCAUUCUGGGCAGAGACCUGUCGAAGACCGUCAUCAUUGAUAACAGCCCGCAAGCGUUCGGAUACCAGCUGGAAAACGGCAUACCCAUAGAGAGUUGGUUCGCCGACCGCUCCGAUAACGAGCUAAUGAAGUUGUUACCGUUUCUAGAAAACCUGGUGAACUGGGGAGGAGACGUACGGCCGCACAUCAGAGAGCAGUUUCGGCUAUUCAGCUUUCUACCACCGGAUUAAUUUAAGUAGCAUGCACCAAAUUCAACGUCGCGUCUGCGAGGGAAAGAGAGAGAAAGAGAGAUAUAUCGGUCGAAGAGAAAAAGAGUUAUAAAAUAUCUUAAAGAUAUUAAAUAGAUAAAAUAUAAUAGUUAUUCCGCAAUGCGUAGCAUAAGCCGCUAUAUUAUACACUUUACAAUGUUUCACAAAUGAGUAUACCUGUUGGUAUAUAUAUAGAGACGAAUUUAACAAUUCUAGACCAUUGAAGUUAUCGUUCUGAUUCACGUCACGUGCGAGGCAGCAUUUACAGAGGCGCGAACGUUGCAUGCGAAUGUAACGAGAUUGCGAUUUCGUUGGUUCGUUUAUUAGGUUGAAAGUCAAGUUAGAGAUACCGAUUCCUGCGUAGCAAGGAGACAGCAUAAGCGCGAUAGUUCUGAUUUGCUGUUUAUAGUUUCUAUCGAUACUUCCAAAUGAGUCUCUCCAUGAUGCGUUUAUACGACGUUUGUACAUAAUAGAAUUCAUAUUAUAUUAUACUUGAGGUAUUUUGUUUUACGGUUUAUACUUGAUAGCAAUAGCCGCGCGCGCGAAAGAGAGAUAGAAAGAGAGAGAGAGAGAGAAUCGAUCGAUCGAUCACGCCGUUCCCUCUGUUAGCACCGCGCCGGUGCGAAACGAAUGAUCUCAGUUUAUUUAUCUUGCUAGCCGGGUCGCAUGUUGAAAAUUCUUCUCCGUUGACAACAUUACACUCUCCGAUCUCGCUGUGAACCGCAAUUGUUUAUCAUCGUCACGAUCCUUAGAUCUACAUCUCUCUAGAUUGCGAUUCUUAAGAGAAAUAUAUACAAGAUGUUAUAAGAGUAUCCCUGUUGAUAAUUAUAUAAUUACACCACACGUCUAAUUAUAUAAUUAUGCGCCUGGGGUUACAUUGUGCUAUAUAUAAACUUGUGUAUAAUUCAUAGCGUAAGAAAGCAUAGUCCGAAUUCACAGUAUCAAAAGAGAACAAAGUUAGCGACACGAUGUGUUGUAACAGGAGGCAUCGCAGAAAAAGUCUUGCAUCUCGUGUAGUGUCUAUCAUACUUUAAGAUUAUAACAACCACACAUUAUGCACAAAUACAUUAUAGUAAUAAAGCAGAUUGUUAUUCGUGA